CGAAGCUCGAGAUUGCUUGCCACUGCCCUCGUCCGCUUAGCCGCUGUGGGAAGGCACAUCCCGUCCAGCACAAACAAUCCGCCUGAGCUGAGGAAGGAGCACGCAAGCGCCAAACACAACUCCCAGGGCCAGAGAAAAAAGUCUGCGCUACGCAGCAGCAGCAACAACAACAACGCCCUGGCCUGACUGAGCACGGUGCUUCCUCAACAACUUGCAUGACCAGGACGGCCCAUCCCAAACUGCCGGGCAGCACUUCCGAUACAACGUCGAAUCUUACCCAGGAGGGAUCAGCCUGGUCCCAGGAGUCCAAACAUCCCGCGGAAGCCCGCAACCCUGCCCUGCCCAGGCCCAGCUGUGUGCUGAAACCGCCCCGAAACAGCAGUCGCCAUCACCACCGCCGCCGUCCUCCACUGCCCACGCGCACACAGGUCUCCUGAAGCCCCCUUCAGACCCUGUCUCGCCAUGGCUGCCAGCAUCACCAAGAUUGCCACGCUCCGGGUUUCGUCCCGUCUUCCAGCAUCGCAGCUCCUGGCCUCUUGCUCGUCCUGCCUAUUAAAGAGGCCACCGCCGCCCUCGGCGGCACUGGGACUGAUUCGGGCAGCUUCUACCGCAUCCGCACCUACUGCAACGCUCUUGGGUUCUCGUCGUACGAGCCGGCAAAUUGGUUGUGAGAUUAUGAGCAGCAGCAGCGCCGCGAGCUCCCCCUCCACCCCGUACAGCAUACCUGCGCAGGAUCGCAGCAGCCGGGACCUCGUCGACUUUGCACCCUCCCCCGAACCUUGCAGGUGGCCUUCCGAGACUUUCUCUAGCAGAGCUAGCAGCCGGUCUGUUAGUGGCUACAGCACCACCAGCGCCUCCCCAACCCUGCCCUCUAGUUCCGUCCAGAACCCGCAGCUAAACCACCCCGGCCACGCGACCUCCGCCAGUUGGAGCCCGACCCUCGCAUCCCUCUCCGGCCUAGGCUCUGCGGCCGCCCCCCUCCGCUCUGCUGCCACCCGCCGUCCAAUGGCGUAUAACAGUACUUAUAGCACGGGCUCGUCAAUUAGCUCUGAUCCCUCAACUCCACGCUCCUCCCCUUCUGCCUUUGGUCAUACUUCUCGCUCCUCUCACUCCUCGGCCACCUCCAAGCGCCUGUCCCUCUCCAUCAGCCGUAGAGCUUCCUCUCUCAACCCAAUGUCCUCGGUCGACAUCGCCGCUAUCGAAGAACGCAUGAAAAUGGCUGCCCUUGACGGCCUCAGAGGCUAUGCCCAGGAUCACUAUGGUGAAGUCCACCAAGACCACCCUACCGCCUACGUCCCCAGCGACGCCGCUGGAGGUUACCAGGUUCUGCGUGAGCCUGCGUGGAACAAGGGCCUCUCCUUCACCCCAGAGGAGCGUGUCAGCAAGAACCUCACCGGCUUAAUACCACACGCCAUGGAGGACGUCGAGACUCAGGUUGCCCGCUGCAUGAAGAUGAUCAACACCAGACAAACACCCAUCGACAAGUACCUGUACCUGUCGAACCUGAAGAGCCAGAACAUGGACCUCUUCUACCGUGUCCUCAUCGACAACGUCCGCGAGCUGAUGCCCCUCGUCUACACCCCUACAAUCGGCGAUGUUUGUCUCCAGUACUCGACCCUCUACACCCGCCCCGAGGCCCUCUACAUCUCCAUCAAGCAGCGCAAGUCGAUUCGCACUAUUCUGAGGAAUUGGCCAUACCCCAACCCGGAGAUCUGUGUCGUCACUGACGGCUCUCGUAUCCUUGGCCUCGGAGACCUUGGUGUCAACGGUGUUGGCAUCUCGAUCGGCAAGCUUGCUCUUUACACUGGCGCUGCCGGCAUCAACCCCGAGAAGACGCUCCCCAUUGUGCUCGACUGUGGCACCGCCAACGAGACCAACCUCAAGGACCCUCUGUACCUCGGCCUGCGCUCCAAGCGCCCCUCUGUCGCCACUCAGCAGGAGUUCAUGGACGAGUUCAUGGAGGCUGCUGCCGACGUCUUCCCCAACAUGUUUGUUCAGUUUGAGGAUUUCGAGACCGAGAAGGCCUUCAACUACCUUGCUCGCUACCGCAACAAGUACAAGUGCUUCAACGACGACAUCCAGGGCACUGGUGCUGUCGUCCUGGGUGGUUACAUUGGUGCCGUCAACCUCUCCGGCGUUCCCCUCGAGGAGCAGCGUCUUGUCUUCAUGGGUGCUGGCUCCGCCGGCGUUGGUGUUGCCAAGCAACUUGUCGAGUACUACACUCGCCGUGGCCUGACCGAGAGGGAGGCCAAGGAUAAGUUCUGGCUGGUUGACACCAAGGGUCUUGUGACCCUGGACCGUGGUGACAAGCUCGCCGAGCACAAGAAGUACUUUGCCCGGACCGACAACGGUGGCCACCAGUUCCGCACUCUGGAGGAGGUCAUCGAGUACGUCCGGCCGUCGGCCCUCGUUGGUUUGACUGCCACCUUUGGUGUCUUCACCGAGUCCGUUGUCCGCGCGCUUAAGGCUUCUGUGGAUGCUGGUGGCAACAACCGCCGCCCCAUUCUCUUCCCUCUCAGCAACCCCCUGACCAAGGCUGAGUGUACCUUUGAGCAGGCUGUCCAAUGGACUGAUGGUACCGUCAUCUUUGCCUCGGGUUCUCCCUUUGCUCCCUUCGCCGUCAAGGCUGGCGACCAGGCCAUCACCUACUGGCCUAACCAGGGCAACAACGUCUACGUCUUCCCUGGUCUCGGCCUGGGUGCCAUCCUUGCCAAGGCUACUCGCAUCACUGACGAGAUGGUCUACACCUCGGCUGCCGCACUCGCCGAAACCUUGAACGCUCAGGAGAUCCAGAAGGGCCUCAUCUACCCCAACAUUGACCGCGUGCGCGACGCCAGCGUCAUUGUCGCCCGUGAAGUGAUGAAGGCCGCCCGCAGAGAAGGUGUCAGCGAGCUUCCGGAAGAACAGUGGAUUGAGUGGGAAGAGUGGGGUGAUGUGGCCUUGACCAAGUUCAUCAAGGACAGAAUCUACGACCCUCUCAAGUAAGCCAAUCCGCCUAGCAAGCGCUUCUUUUGUGUUUGUGCCUACCCGUCCUCUGCGCGGUGGCUUUUAAUUGCUGUUCACGGCGUCGGCUUUUUGUAUUUGGAUGGGGAAAAGUCUGUUUGAGGAAAGGGUGGCACUUCGGUUGUGCAACUUCACACGACGGCCGAGGGCGAGACAUGAUUCACCGCUUGGCCACUUUACGAUAUCCCAGUUGUUAACGUUUGACACGUUUAUUAGGCCAAAGGGGGUGACGCGCGAACCGCGCGCAGCGUUAUAGAGAGGGGAGGCUUUUCAGGUGUUGGAUAGAUGGGAGCAUAGAGGGUUCACGCGAUCUGCUGCCGGACGCGACGGGCUCAAGCAGCCCAAUUCGAUAUACAUAUUAAUCUUAGCCUUUUCAAUCGAAGCUGGCCAUCUUGGGAUCUUUUCCCUUUCAAA